CCCAGCCCAAUUUUGCAAUUCCCACUCGUAUCUCUCCAAUCCCAAAUGGCGAAACAAAGGCGAAUCGAAGGCCAGCGACUUCGUCAUCUCUCCAUCCCAUCUUCAUCCAUCUCCUCGAAGGCAUUUGGUCAUUUUUUUCCUCAAGUCAUUCAGUCGUUUUUUCGUCAUUCAAAUCCGCCACCGGCCCACCACCGUCUUCUCCAGCGAAAUCUGCAGCCAAAAUUAGGGGUGAGAGGAGAAACGAGGGGGAACCCAAGGAAUUAUGAUAUUGUGUUGUCUGGAAAUAAGGCCAUGCAGUUUCAAUGGGCUUCAUCUUGCAGUCAUGCUAAUAUCCUGGAGACAUCGUUCAGUGACGUGCUUAAAAGCAAUUCUAAGAAACCAAUAUCAAAAGGGGGUUGGCAUGAUUUGUAAAUGCAAAUGCAAAUGCGGAAUGUGAUUUUGUUCGCCUACGAUGUCAAAUGUUAAUGUAAUUUCAGUUUUAUUAAAUGUUGAUGUAUAACACUCGUGAACUUUUGCAGUAAAUGUUAAUGUAAUUUCACUUAUGAAGUGGUAGUUUAUUGUC